AUCCUCCAGCAGGUGGCGACAACUGACCUGACAGUUUGAAAACACCAUCCGAAGAAGAUGUUACUUCCGGGCUGAAUAUUGCUCUGAACGCAACAAAACAUGACAUAUUUCAGCUUUUAAACAGACAAGGUGGCUCAAUGUUUGUACAAGUUUGUUUUUAGGUGAAAAAUGGUGCCGCCUAAGCGAAGAAAAGUGUCCUCUGGCAGCAGCAGGCCAGACAAAGCCUCCAAGUUCCCGCAGGUGGUUUCGUACCUGCUGGAGAGGAAGAUGGGCUCCAGUAGAAGAACUUUUCUCACCCAACUAGGCCGGAAAAAAGGCUUCCGAGUGGACGACACCUUCAGUGAAAGUGUCACACACGUCGUCUCCGAGAAGAACACGGGCGAUGACGUCAGAAGGUGGCUGACGUCACAGGGUCACGACCGGACGCCUGCUCACCUUGUGGACGUCGGUUGGUUGACAGACAGCCUGGGGGCGGGACAUCCUGUCGACAUACUGGAGCGACACAAACUGCGUGAACAGCCGACAUCAGGCGGAUGCGAGGUGGCGACGCUCUCUAUUCCUGUUUACGCUUGUCAGAGGAGGACUGCGCUGAACAACAACAACGCCAUAUUGACGGAUGCUUUGUCGCUGCUGGCUGAAAAUGCCGAGCUGUGUGACGACGAUAAGCGAGGCCUGGCGUUCCGCCGCGGCGCCGCCGUGCUGAGGUCUCUUCCCGAGGCGGUGACGAACAUGAGGCAGCUCCGAGGAUGCCCCUGCCUGGGGGAACACUCGCUGAAGGUCAUCCAGGACAUUUUGGAGACCGGAGCGUCCUGCGAGGUGGAGUCCACUAAACAGUCUGAGCGUUACCAGGCCAUGAAGGUCCUGACAGGAAUUUUUGGAGUCGGAGUAAAGACGGCAGAUCAGUGGUUCCGAGAUGGCAUCCAGAACCUUCACCAGUUACGUCAGUCAGGACGCACUCUCAACCGAGCACAGCGAGCAGCUGCCGUCGACUCCUCUGAGACAUGGCGUCAACACCCGUGGACAAACACCUCCGACUAUCAGGUCUGGCCCACUAUGACGACCUGGGGCUGCCCGUCACAAAGUCGGAGGCCGACACCAUUGCGAACAUCGUGGAGGAGGCGGUCCUCGCGGAGCUGCCGGGGUCACGGGUCACUCUGGUGGGAGGGUUCAGGAGGGGGAAGCUCAGCGGCCAUGACGUGGACUUCCUCAUCACGCACCCGCAGGAAGGACGGGAAGAAGGUGUCAUUCCCAAAGUGGUGUCACGCCUGGAGGUGCAGGACUUCCUGUUGUACCACAAGACCAGCAGAAACUCCUACAUGGAGUCCAAAGAUGGACCUGCCCCGCCCGCCUCCAGCAUGGACCACUUUGAGAGAUGCUUCACCAUCUUUGGACUCGCCACAGGUGACGCCGAAGGCCGAGCACGGAGGAGAGCCGUGCGAGUGGACCUGGUGGUCUCGCCCUUCAGCCAGUUUGCCUUCGCCCUGCUCGGCUGGACCGGCUCAAAGCUGUUUGAGAGGGAGCUGCGUCGCUGGGCGACCCGAGAGAAGAACAUGACGCUGAGCAGCCACGCCUUGUACGACAACAACCAGGUGCCAGGUGUCACAUGACCCACUCUGCCCCCCGUCCGGCGGGGAUGUGACUCUGUCGCCGUUGCAGGGUCGAUACCUGAAAGCUGCGAGAGAGGAGGAAAUAUUUGCUCAUCUCUCUCUGGACUACAUCGCACCUUCGGACAGGAACGCCUGAUGAAGAUGAUCAGGGCCUUCCUCUGAGGUUUGUGUCCUUUCUGUCUGGUCACAUGACUAAACCACACUAGUGGAGUGUGGUUUUUUUCAAACACAAAUGGACACCUCUGUCGUAGACAUAUUUAAAGCUGCUGAGGAAAUUAUUGGCACUUUUGGACGUCUGCUUUGGAACCAAACAAGGUUCAGUUUCAGGGUCAGAGUGCCAGUUUGUGGCGUGUGUGUGUGUGUGUGUGAAGUCGCAGGCGUUUCCUUCACCUCUUAACGGCCUCAUUAACCUCUAAAUACCAGCUGGACAUCAAAGCGGCGUCACAGCUCACACGUCUCCUCCUCGUCCUCCAGGAUAAGACAUUUUGUCCCUAAAAGUCAACAAAAAUCCUCCUUUAGCAGUCGAAAAAAAAUGUCCGACCCACUUCUAGCAUCACCCGGAUGACGCCGCCUGUCCCCAGACAGGAUGAAAUUGUCCCGCGUUCUUCUCUCGCCUGCCGACGCGUCUCCGACUUUGACGCCCCCAAAGUGUGAAGGUGCCGUUAGUGAGGCAGACGCAGACUUGAGAGGACGUCGUCCCCGGCGGCGGAGACUCCGAGUCUGGUGGCUGACAGAGGGCGUGUUAAUUUUUUUUUUUUUUUUUAAAUGUGGCAACGACGUGAGUUUCACUUGACGAGCUUAAACAACAAUCGCAUAUUAGGCUUUAAGCUAAACGCUAACAUUCAUUAGCAUGAUAACCAGUUUGCUGUUAGCAUUCAGCAUGCUAGCAGAUUUACUGCUUCCUGCCGCACUACUUUGUGGCACCUUUACAUGAGAUUGAUGUCAUUUAUUAAUCCUGUCAGGCAAAAAGAAAAUUUAUGAACUUGACUCUUAAAGUGGAACUGCACUUGUUUUGGAAUGUUGCCUACUGUUCACAACCCCUGUGUGAGAUAAGAAAUAUUUUGUCAUUUUUAUGCAGUUUAACUCGUAAAUAAAAAGGAGCUAGCAUUGA